AUGCUCUGUGUGGGUAUUUUUGUAGGAUUGGUGUUAGACUCCUGGUCUUUACCUGUUCAGACAAAGCUGAGGUCAAAGAGAGGAUAUUUAGAGCAAUAUAUGGAGCCAGAGGAGAUGAAUGCAAUGGACAAGAUUCUCAGAGCAAAUGAAAUGUCAGGAUUUUACACAAGGUUUGCAUUCAGGGAGGGUGACAUAGUGAGUUCAGGAGCACGCAGUGCCAUCACCUGUUCAGGAGAUUCUUGCCUCUGGCCAAAAUCUGUUGAUGGUUUUGUGUAUGUACCGUACAUCCUCUCCCAACAAUAUGAUGAUAUGGACAGAAUCACGAUAGAAACAGGAAUGUUGGACAUUUCUUCGAGCACAUGUGUGAAGUUUGUGCCUCGCACACAUCAAGCAAACUUCCUUAAUAUCCAGUCUAGAUCUGGUUGCUGGUCAUAUCUGGGUAUGAUAGGAGGGAGUCAGAUUGUGUCUUUGCAGUCUCCUGGCUGUAUGUGGUCAGGGGUGGCAUCUCAUGAGUUAAUGCACGCUCUGGGAUUUUUACACGAGCAGUCUCGCUCUGACCGGGAUCACUACGUCACCAUUCUGUGGGACAACAUCAUACAGAGUCAAAGACACAACUUUAAGAAGUAUGAGACAAACAACCUCAAUACUGCAUAUGACUACAGCUCUGUGAUGCACUAUGGGAAGUAUGCCUUCUCAGAGGAUGGAGACCCCACCAUUAUCCCUAAACCAGACCCUUACAUACCUAUUGGCCAGCGAGACGGACCAAGUUCUGUGGACAUUCAUAAAAUAAACAUCUUGUAUGACUGUGGUGGCUUGGUGUGACAUAAUUUGUGAUAAUUACAUUGGAUGGAACAAUCCUAGUUCUGCACAAUCUGGACAAUCAUCACCUGAGAUUUGUAAUCUUUCCUUCUCA